AUGAAGGCUGCUACUGUUGUUUGCGCGCUUCUCCCCCUCGCUUUGGCGGCGCCGAAUGCGAAGCGAGCUUCUGGGUUUGUUUGGUUCGGUUCGAACGAGUCUGGCGCCGAGUUUGGCGAGACCCAUCUUCCUGGCGUGCUGGGGACGGAUUAUAUCUGGCCCAGUGCGUCGACUAUCAAGACUCUGCAUGAUGCGGGCAUGAACAUCUUCCGUGUUGCCUUCCGGAUGGAGAGAUUGAUCCCGAACCAGAUGACGGGUACUCCUGAUGCGACGUACAUGAGUGAUCUCAAGGCGACUGUCAAUGCGAUCACGAGUCUGGGAGCGUAUGCGGUGAUUGACCCGCACAACUAUGGGAGAUACUACGGCAACAUCAUCUCCUCGACCGAUGACUUUGCCGCGUUCUGGAAGACCGUGGCGACUCAGUUCGCGUCCAACGACCAUGUCAUUUUCGACACCAACAACGAGUACCAUGACAUGGACCAGACGCUCGUCCUCAACCUCAACCAGGCCGCCAUCGACGCCAUCCGUGCUGCCGGCGCCACCUCGCAGUACAUUUUCGUCGAGGGCAACUCGUGGUCGGGGGCCUGGACCUGGACCACCGUCAACGACAACCUCAAGGCCCUCACCGACCCUCAGGAUAAGAUCGUCUACGAGAUGCAUCAGUAUCUCGACUCGGAUGGGUCCGGCACCUCGGCCACCUGCGUGAGCUCCACCAUCGGCCAGGAGCGCGUGCAGUCCGCCACGCAGUGGCUGAAGAGUAAUGGCAAGAAGGGUUUCCUGGGCGAGUUUGCUGGUGGCGCCAACAGCGUGUGUCAGACCGCUGUCACGGGCAUGCUGGACUACAUGUCGGCCAACUCGGAUGUGUGGAUGGGCGCUGAAUGGUGGGCGGCCGGCCCCUGGUGGGCGGAUUACAUCUUCAGCAUGGAGCCGCCAUCGGGCACUGGCUAUCUGAACUACCUCUCGCUGUUGAAGCCGUACUUUGCCAAUGGUUCGGGUGGCUCGACCACCAGCACUUCAACGAAGACGACGGCGACAUCCACCACCACCAAGGCGACGACAACGACCACCACGGCCACGGCCACAGCAACCGGAGUCGCACAACACUGGGGCCAGUGUGGUGGAAUCGGAUGGUCUGGCCCGACCACCUGCGCCAGCCCAUACACCUGCCAGAAGCAGAACGACUACUACUCUCAAUGCCUGUAG